GUUUCCCCAGCCCAGGUGCCAGUCCCCUGUGGGGACAAGAAGAGACUGCUUAGUGCAGAAGCACGUCCCAACUCUUCCUUGCUCUGUUGUCUCCUUCCUAUGUUACAACAUUUUAGAACUGAUCCUAGAACAUCCUGGAGCUGAGUGUUCCCUGUGAGUUUCCAUAAUGCAGGCUAUCUCAUAAGUCCCACUAAAACCUGCAUCCCAUCCAAGAGAUCCUUUGGGGAGGUAAGGACAUUGAGAGAUACAGGUGGUUGAGUAAGUUGUUUCCCUGUGUGCUCUCCUUGGCUUGUUUCAGUCACUUGGUUGUUCAGUGCAAGCUUGCCCUGGGAUUGGGAGCAGGAAGCAGAAGGAUGCUCUCAGUUACAGGAUUUACAUCUUAAUUGUGGAGAAGAAUGAGGCUUCUGGCUAUGUUUCAGGACGUUAAAGUGUCUAAAGGAUUUUAUAUCCGAAAGAGGGGGAUUGAUGAGAGAAAUGCAAGCUGAAGCUAUCAGCUAACAAGGGCAGCGAGUGAGAAAUGCUUUUCUUGACAGAUCCUUUAUUUACUGUAUCCCUUGACAGCUUGCUCAGGCUGUCCGCCUUGUAGUGGCCAGACAGCAGAGUAAGAGAAAGCUACUUGUUGCAAUUAAGCUGGGAGGAAGGAUGGGCUGCAAAGCCUGCUGGUGUUACUGCUGUGUGUUGGAAGAGAUACAGCUGCUGCACAGCCUGUGCUGCAGAUGCGGCUCCAGGGCCUUCAGAGCUCUGCAGGGCGAUCCACCUGUGCCAUCACUGGACUCCAGCUGUCCUCCCAGGUUGAGUGGCACAAACGGGACAGUUCCUCCUUUGCAACCUGGCCUGGUGCUCCAGGGGAAUGAGAGGAAUGCAUCCCCUGGUGUGGAAGAAGGAAGAAACUCUGGCUGGCAGGUGUCCGACUAGCCCAGGAGCAGCCUUGGGUGGUAUUGUUGGCCCAGCGGGGCAGGAGGCCUUUUACGCUGCCCCAAAAGCACAAUGGUCACUUGAAACCUGAAGUAAGCAAACAUGAAUGCACUUGAUUUGACUUCAAUCUUUGAUUUUCUGGAAAAGGCCAACUUAACGGAGAUCAACUGGAUGUGCAACAACAGCGACUGCAUCACAGUCGAUGCGACGGCAUGCCCCGGCACGCUCAACAAAAGUGCCCUGCUCUACACCCUGUCCUUCUUCUGCAUCUUUAUCUUUGUCAUAGGGCUGGUGGCCAACUCUGUUGUGGUGUGGGUCAAUCUCCAAGCCAAAAUGACUGGCUAUGAAACCCACCUCUACAUCUUCAACCUGGCCGUCGCCGAUCUGUGCGUUGUCAUCACGCUUCCUGUUUGGGUUGUCUCCCUCGUCCAGCAUAACCAGUGGCACAUGGGAGAAAUCACGUGCAAAAUAACUCACCUUAUAUUUUCCAUCAACUUGUACGGCAGCAUCUUCUUCCUGGCAUGCAUGAGCGUGGACCGCUACCUCUCAGUUGCCUAUUUCACCAAUUCUAGUAAUCGCAAGAAGAAGAUAAUCCGCCGCUGCAUCUGCAUCCUGGUGUGGCUUCUUGCCUUUUCUGCAUCUCUGCCAGACACCUAUUUCCUUAAGACAGUCUCUACCAGCAAUGAAACCUACUGCCGUCCCUUGUAUCCCGAGGAGAGCUUCAAAGAGUGGUUGAUCGGCAUGGAGCUCAUCUCUGUCGUUUUGGGCUUCCUUAUCCCUUUUCCAGUCAUUGCUCUCUUUUACUUCCUCCUUGCGAAGGCCAUCUCUGCCUCCAGCGACCAAGAGAGGAAGAGCAGUGGGAAGAUCAUUUUCUCCUACGUGGUGGUGUUUCUUGUCUGCUGGCUACCCUACCAUACAACUGUCCUUCUCGACAUCUUCUACAGUCUUCAUUUCAUACCCUUCAGUUGUCAAAUGGAGAACUUCUUGUACGCCACGCUUCACAUCACUCAGUGUUUCUCUCUAGUCCAUUGCUGCGUCAACCCCAUCCUCUAUAGCUUCAUUAAUCGCAAUUACAGAUACGAGCUCAUGAAAGCCUUUAUUUUCAAGUACUCUGCCAAAACUGGUCUCACUAAGCUUAUUGAUGCUUCCAGAGUGUCAGAAGCGGAGUAUUCUGCUCUGGAGCAAAAUACCAAAUGACUGCAACUCCGGCAAGAACCCUCCUUGAUUCUCUGACUUUAUUUCCCCCUUUCCUUAUGCUUGUUAUGAACGGGGCAUGAAUUACAGCCUACAAAAGAGAAAUAGCAAACUGUAAUUUAAGAGUAGAAUCAGGCACAAUAUGGAAGUGGUACCAAAACUAAGCGUUUUGUUUGUGUGUUUUGUUUGAUCUCCUCCUAGCCCAGUCUGGACUUCUUGACAAUGCUAUGCAAAUGGAACCGACUUCCUAGCAGACAAAGCCAUUGUGUACCAUAGAUAACAUUCGUUUUCAGGAUAAGCUUUUUCCUUCCAUGUGUAGAUUCCCUCUUGUCUCAUUGUAUAUGUUAUUAUAUAUAGUGUGUUGUAUUUAAAAGCUCGAGACUUUAUUUUCUGGCUAUCGGUGUACCUUAUACAAUUGUAUUUGAAAAUGAAAUAUAUUUUUAUCAUGUAUUUGAAGUAUAUUGCUGUUGAGUGUAUCCAGAGUGCUGUAGUCUGAGUGUUAGGCUGCCAUUUGGUUUUAACUGUCCUUGCUAAGAGGAUGACAAUAAAAGGCAGUAUGGCAAUGAUCUCUGAUGUGCAUCCUUGCUGGCUGGCACGGUUCAUUGACCAUAGCUUUACGUGGUGGUCGUAGCCGUGUGUCUGGAGCAUGAAAUGUAUGUGCUGUAAUAUAGCUACCAUCAUGUUAAAAUUAACAGUAUUGUAAGAGUUGUUAACUCUUAUGCCCGGACUUCACAAACCUGUAUCUUUAUGCACAGAAUGAAUGAUCUUGCUUCUGAGAGUUGUCUCUAUUUGUAAGUUAUUUUUGUAAAAUAAAGGUCUGGAAAAACUA